AUGCAUGGUUGUCAACUGAAAGUACCCCAGCGGAUUAAAAGAACCUGUUUUGUCUUUUUGCACACGUCCCACUGUUCCACUGCAGAUUCUCUAUCUUAUCCUGGUGAUCGGACUCUACUGCUCCUUCCAAUUCCACUGCAGAUUCUCUCUCUCUCUCUCUCUCUCUCUCUCUCUCUCUCUCUCUCUCUCUCUCUCUCUCUCUCUCCCUCCCUUUCCCCUCUCUCUCCCUCCCUUUCCCCUCUCUCUCCUACUUGGCAUCCUCUCCUUGCCCUUCCACAGAUCAUCUACCUCAUCCUGGAGAUAAGAGGCUACUACGCCUUUCACCUCAUCUACCUUGUGCUGGUGAUCGGAGGCUACUACGCCUUCCACAUCUACUGCAUGGAUUUCAUCCCCGGACCCUACCUCUCCGCCGUCCACAGGUACUCCUCUCUCUUCUCCUGCAUCGUGCAUCCCUCCACCUGCAUUGGUGUUAUUUUGAGAAUUCUCAAAAGCUUCAUCCCCGGACUCUACCUCUCCAUCAUCCACAGGUACACGCCUCCUGCAUCGUGCACCCCUCCACUUUCCUCUUGCCACCCACCUCCUCCCACCUCCUCCCACCUCCUCCCACCUCCUCCCUCCCUUAACCUAAAACCCUCAGGUACACAUCAAUUGCAUCGUGCAUCCCUUCUGACACCACCUUCCACCUGCAACCCUCUCUCCCCACCCGCCUCUCCACCUCUCAUGUACCUGCUGCACCUGCUGCAUCCCUCGUUGCAGCUCCCACAACCCCCAGUUCUCAAACCCCUCCCCUGCUCUCCUCUUCAUCAUUCCCCUCCCCUCUGCACCACCGCGCUCCCUCGUUUCCCCCCUCUCCACCUUCUCAGGUACACGGCACCUGCAUCCCUCAUUGCAGUGCUCACAACCUUCCUUAUAGCGAGUAUAUCCGACCCCGGUACAGUCACACCCGCUACAGUGCAGCAGACCCAGGCAGUGUUUCCAUAUGAUGGAGUCAUCUACACCAAACGCAUCUGCUCCUCCUGCAAGAUACCCAGAAACAUCUGCUUUCUGGCGUAUGGUGUGUUUGGCGUGUGCUCUAUCCUGGCUGGUGAAAUCACUCGCAGCAAGGUCAUCGCUGCCAUCAUAGAGCACGAUCCCUCCAGGACCCAUAUCCUAGGCUGGCUGCCCAUCCUCCUGCAGUGGCUCACGGUCUACUUCCACCGCCAGUGCGCGCUGCUCCUCUUCUUCCUCGUCAUCCUCGUUGUGCUCUCCUGCUUCCUCCUCUACCACCUCUACCUCGUCGCCACCAACGUCACCACCAAUGAGGUGAUUCUCCCACCCACCCCCUUCCCCCUUCCCCCUUCCCCACCUGCUGUUUAA